UCACCUGAAGUCACCUCUUUAUCUCUUUUCACUUUCGCUUUGCGUGACUCGGUUUCUUAGGGCUGAGCGCGCUUUCACCUUUCAGCGUCCCUCAGUGGCAUCCCGGCCCGGCUGUGCGGGCGGUUACAGGCGGUGUAGCACAGCCGGAGUAGUUGUAGAGGGGCCGAUGUUCCUCGGGGUGAAGGCCUCGCCGCCGCUGUCACGUUUGUGGAGGGACUGUUCCUUUUGAAAGAAAGAUGAUUUGGUGGUGAUGGAGUGCUGCCACUGACAGAUGGCCUCACAGGAAAGAAGCUCAGAAGAGGCAGAAGGAGCCAAAGAGAGAGGCCUGGUCUAUACCUGGAGAGCUGGUUCCUGCUCUAUAACUCCAGAAAGGCUUCCAGGCCUCUGUGGAAAGACUGUAUUGCAGGCAGCCCUUGGUACAAAUCACGGCUUACUUCUAACAGACGGUGGUGAGGUCUACAGUUUUGGGAAACUGCCCUGGAGAUCAGGACCAGAGGAGUUCUGUGCUAAUAGUCCCAUUUUAGAAAAUACGUUGCUUGGGCAGCAUGUUAUUACAGUGGCAGCUGGCAGCUUCCAUAAUGGAGCUGUGACAGAAGGUGGUGUGGUGUACAUGUGGGGGAACAAUUCUUCCGGACAGUGUGCAGUUGCUAAUCAACCAUUUGUGCCAGAACCACAGCCUAUCAGUAUUUCUGAUUCUGAAACCAGUCCUCUGCUAUCAGUAAGGAUUUUGCAGCUAGCAUGUGGAGAAGAACACACGCUGGCACUAUCACUAAGCAGAGAGAUAUGGGCCUGGGGGAGUGGCUGCCAGCUGGGCCUUAUAACAACAACUUUCCCAGUGAUAAAGCCACAGAAGGUAGAGCACCUGGCAGGACGUGUUGUGCUCCAGAUUGCUUGUGGAGCCUACCACAGCCUGGCUCUGGUACAGUGUCUCCCUGUGCAGGAGAUGAAGCCUAUUCCAGAGAGGUGCAAUCAUUGCAGUCAACUCCUCAUUACCAUGACAGACAAGGAAGAUCAUGUAAUCAUUUCUGAUAGUCACUGUUGCCCACUGGGUGUAGCGCUGGCUGAUAAACAACCAGAAAACCAUGCCUUCUGUUCUUCGUUGGAAAACCUGGAAGGAAAAAGUGUAACAGGUAGUGAGAGUGAAGACUGUAAAAAACCUCUUGUGGAAGAACAUGCGCUUGUUGCUUUAGAAUCUGAUGGAGCAAGUUUACUUUCCAGCAACAAUGGACAGGAAGAGAGUGGAAUUUCUAGCCUUGGGAAUAUUCUGUGUACUGACAAAAAAGAAGUGAAAGAGUACUUAAUCAGUUUAUCUGAUCACACGUUAAAUGAGAGCCUGGAGAAAAAUACCUGCACAGGAUCUGAGCAGCUUUCUCAAGGAGAACAAACUGGUGCUUGUAUCCCUGGUCCUCCAGGUACAAGUGCAUCUGCCUUAAACAGCCUGGUGGCCUCUUGUGCAUCAGCAGUUGGUGUGAGAGUAGCUGCUACAUAUGAAGCUGGAGCGUUGUCUCUGAAGAAAGUAAUGAACUUCUAUGGCACACCUUCAAAUGAACCAAGCCCUCAGCCUGGCAGUGGUUCCACAGGGCCUGAAGCUCUGAAAGACAGUCGAGAAGAGCAGGUCAAACUGGAAUCAAUGCAGGGGAAGAAGAGUUCCAGUUUAGUAGAUAUUAGAGAGGAGGAAUCAGAAGGAGGAAGUAGAAGACUUUCCCUGCCUGGCCUGUUAUCACAAGUUUCUCCUAGGCUCUUACGGAAGGUAGGACGGGCAAAAAUGAGGACUGUAGCUCUCACUCCAACCUACAGUGGUGAGGCAGAUGCUCUUUUACCAUCUCUAAGAACAGAGGUAUGGAGCUGGGGAAGGGGGAAGGAUGGACAGCUAGGACAUGGUGAUGUUCUACCAAGGCUUCAGCCACUAUGUGUGAAAAGUUUAGAUGGUAAAGAAGUGAUUCACAUCUCUGCUGGUGGUCAUCAUUCCUUAGCACUCACUGCCAAAUCCCAGGUGUAUUCAUGGGGCAGUAAUAUCUUUGGUCAGCUUGGUCACACGAACUCCCCAACAACAGUCCCUCGACUUGCAAAGGUGUGUGGUGAUGGUGUUUGGAGUACAGCAGCAGGAUCAGAUUAUUCUCUCUUCUUAGCAGAUGAGGAAGACUUCCAGCCUGGAUUAUAUUAUUGUGGUCAGGAGACAACAACAGAUAAUUUGACUGAAAGUAAUUGUAGUAAGAGUCCAGUUUUGUUACUAUCCUGUAGUAAGAUAGGAUAUAUAAGCAAUGUGAUAGCUGGUGGAGACAACUGUUUGGUCUUGGUAGACAAAAACAUAAUGGGGUAUAUUGCCAGUUUGCAUGAAUUGGCUUCUACUGAGAGAAGGUUUUAUUUCAGACUGAGUGAGAUCAAAUCUCAAGUUCUUAGACCUCUUCUAGGUUUAGAUAAUUUGGGCAGUGCAAAUACAAUCCAGUUGUUGCAAGAAAUGGCAAGCAGGUUCAGCAAGCUAUGCUAUCUCAUUGGUCAACAUGGGGCUUCUUUAAGUAGCUUCCUUCAUGGAGUUAAAGAAGCUAGGAGUUUGGCCAUCCUGAAGCAUUCCAGUCUCUUUUUGGAUAGUUACACUGAGUAUUGUACUUCAAUAACAAAUUUCCUGGUAAUGGGAGGAUUUAUGCUUCUCGCAAAGCCUGCAAUAGACUUCUUGAGUAAAAGUCAGGAGCUGUUACAGAAACUGUCUGAGUACAAUGAGGAAAACCUGCAGCUAGUGGAUGUUCUAAAUGCUCUGUUUUUCAUGCCAUUUGGACGACUUCAUGAUUAUGCCAGAACCUUGCUAAAGCUUGCCACAUGUUUUGAAGUGGCAUCUCCAGAAUACCAGAAGCUACAAGAUUCUAGCUCUUGUUAUGAGAGCCUUGCUGUCCAUCUUGGCAGAAAAAGGAAAGAAGCAGAGUACACACUUAGCUUCUGGAAGACAUUUCCUGGGAAAAUGACGGAUUCUUUGCGGAAGCCAGACCGUCGUUUAAUCUGUGAAAGCAGCAACAGGGGGUUGUCCCUACAGCAUGCUGGAAGAUUCUCUGUGAACUGGUUUAUCCUCUUUAAUGAUGCUCUGGUGCACGCUCAGUUUUCAACACACCAUAUUUUUGCCUUGUCCACUCUGUGGGUAGAAGCUCUUUCAGAAGAAGCUGGUAACGUGAAUGGAUUGAAGAUUACAACACCAGAAGAACAGUUUGUUCUGCUUUCUUCAACACCACAGGAAAAGACUAAAUGGCUGAGGGCAAUAAGUCAAGCAGUGGAUCAAGCCCUUAAAGGGACUUCGGAUAUAAUUCUAUAUGGAGCUGGAGGGAAUGUUCCAAGACAGGAACCUCCUAUUUCUCGCAGUGCCAAAUACGUCUUCUAUAAGGACCCAAGAUUUAAAGAUGCUGUUUAUGAUGGGAGAUGGCUCUCAGGAAAACCCCAUGGCAGAGGGAUCCUAAAGUGGGCUGAUGGAAGAAUGUACUCAGGGACUUUCCGAACUGGACUGGAGGAUGGGUAUGGUGAAUACAGAGUGCCAAAUAAAAUCUUGAAUAAAGAUGACCACUACGUGGGGUACUGGAAGGAAGGCAAAAUGUGUGGGCAUGGAGUCUACAGCUAUGCUACUGGUGAAGUAUAUGAAGGAUGCUUUCAGGACAAUAUGCGUCACGGCCACGGGCUGCUGCGCAGUGGGAAGCUUACCUCUUCCUCUCCCAGUAUGUUCAUUGGACAGUGGACAAUGGAUAAGAAGAGUGGUUAUGGUGUUUUUGAUGAUAUUACAAGAGGAGAAAAGUAUAUGGGAAUGUGGCAAGAUGACCUUUGCCAAGGCAAUGGUGUUGUGGUUACUCAGUUUGGAUUGUAUUAUGAAGGAGCCUUCAGCACUAACAAAAUGAUGGGGACUGGCAUUCUGCUUUCUGAGGAUGAUACAGUUUACGAAGGGGAAUUUUCAGAUAACUGGACCCUGAGCGGAAAGGGAACACUGACCUUGCCAAAUGGAGAUUAUAUUGAAGGUCUCUUCAGUGGAGAAUGGGGAUCUGGAAUAAAAAUCACAGGAACCUACUUCAAACCUAGCUUAUAUGAGAGUGAGAAGGAUAAGCCUAAAACAUUGCGGAAACUCGGAAUCCUGGCAGUGCCUCCUGAUGAGAAAUGGAAGGCUGUAUUUGAAGAAUGCUGGAACCAGCUUGGCUGUGAGAGCCCAGGCCAGGGUGAUAGAUGGAAGGCUUGGGACAACAUUGCAGUGGCUCUGACCACCAACCGACGGCAACACAAGGACAGUCCAGAAUUACUGAGCCGUUCUCAUACUCAGACACUGGAAAGUCUGGAAUUCAUUCCGCAACACAUUGGUGCCUUCACCUUGGAAAAAUAUGAAAGUAUAAAAAAAUAUUUGAUAAAGGCAUGUGAUACUCCUCUCCAUCCAUUGGGCAAGCUUGUGGAAACACUAGUAGCUGUCUACAGAAUGACUUAUGUUGGAGUAGGAGCUAAUCGACGAUUACUGCAGGAGGCAGUAAGAGAGAUCAAGUCCUACCUCAAACGCAUCUUCCAGUUGGUUAGGUUCUUGUUCCCUGAUCUUCCGGAAGAGGGCAGCACAAUUCCAUUUCAGCCAACGGAAAUAAAGGGAAGGCGUUCAUUCUGCAGUGGGAAAUCUGACUCCAGAUCAGAAUCUCCUGAGCCAGGCUAUGUGGUAACCAGUUUUGGCUUGCUGCUCCCUGUACUACUGCCACGACUCUAUCCACCUCUAUUCAUGUUAUAUGCCUUAGACAACGAGCGUGAGGAAGAUGUUUACUGGGAGUGUGUCUUACGUCUAAACAAACAAACUGAUAUGGCACUUCUAAGUUUUCUUGGAGUGCAAGUGAAAUUUUGGCCAGGAACUGUAUCCAUCCUUGGUGAGAGUAGAAAGGUAUCAUCAAAUACAAAAGAUGCCUGCUUUGCCUCUGCAGUUGAAUGUUUACAGCAAAUCAGUACCACAUUUACACCAGCUGACAAACUGAAGGUAAUCCAGCAGACUUUUGAAGAGAUAUCUCAGAAUGUGCUUGAGAGUCUUCAGGAAGAUUUUCUGUGGUCCAUGGAUGACCUUUUUCCCGUUUUUCUCUACGUGGUGCUACGAGCCAGGAUAAGGAAUUUGGGUUCUGAGGUGCACUUAAUUGAAGACCUGAUGGAUCCUUACCUGCAACAUGGGGAACAAGGCAUCAUGUUUACCACUUUGAAGGCAUGCUACUACCAGAUUCAACAUGAAAAGCUUACGUAGACCACCAUUUACGACGUGUCUGGGAUUAUCUACUGAGUGAAACUUCAGUGAUACCACUUUAUUUCCUGACAUGACACUUAAAAUUAAGGAUACUCUGAUAUUUCAGUUCUGUUGUUACCGAUGAAAACGUUUCAAUUUUAAUAUCGGAAAACUGCAGCCAGAGAUUAUCUGUGAAGUGCUGAUGAAGAGCAGAACUUGAUUUGUUGAGUAUUUGCCAAGAGGAAAUAAUUUCCUAUUCUAACAGAUCACUUAUUCAUUUUAAAUUAAAAAUACUACAAAAAGGCAUGGCAUCUACGUAGAGUACAUGUAAAAGUCUGGAUCGCAUGGCUUCUAAAGCAGUAGGUUUCUUUUUUUAUUCCUGGGUUGUCAACAGAGGUGUUUAAACAGGAUGAGUUGCACCAUAGAACCAUUCAGUCUUCCUGAAUUAAUCUAUUAGAUUUGUUUAUUUAAUAGAAAUGUUAGUAUUUAUAAUGGAUAUCCUAUAGUGUGUUUUGGCUGUAUAAGUUCUGAGGCAUCUUCGUAAAAGAGAGUUACUGAAUGCAGUAUUAAUGUGCUAUUUUAGAACUAAUCACACUAUUAUGGACUUGCCUGUUUACCAGAAUUAUGUACAGGCAUUCACCAUGCUUUCUGUUUAUGAAAUGAUUACAAUGGCACUGACCAAUUCAAACUCUGGCACUGAAUUAAUUAUUAAAUCUGAAAAGUGUUAAGUUUCAUUAACCAGGGGUCUAAGGACAAACUUUCUUUAGAAGCCCAUGUGAUAAGACAAUGGAAUCAUGCUAUUGAGCAACCUACACUGAAUUAGGUUUGAGACUUCUGCUUGUUAACUUAUUUGGUCACUUACAUAUCAGGAUGAAAAAAAAAAAAAGACCACCUUGGUGCAUUUUUGAACAUUUAGAGAACAAAUAAUUUCCCUGGGGGAUUUGUGUGUGUUCUUCUGUGGUUUAUGGUUAACUUAAUUUAUAUGAAUAACACUAAUGGAUAAUUUGGGUAUUGUAGGAGCUGUUCUUCACUGUGGCUGGCACAAAUAAUGAGGAGGGGGGAACUGAUAAUAGAAUGUUAUAACGGUUUGAGAUAUGUCAAACUACCAUAGAUAAUGCUAAUAAUAUUUUUGAAAUAGUAAUCAUGGCUUGUGUAUUGGCACUUAAAUGGAAAGAAACCCAAUGUCGAAAUACUGUUUUGAACAGUGACUGUAAUGUAGCAAUUUUCAUAAUAAAGUGAAAAAAGAUU